CUUCGCUAGCGUGCUGCCCAGCGGUUGCCAUGGAUGUCAACAUCCGGGAGCUUCGUCGUCACGUGUGACCCGCUUUUCGCGGCUCCGACGGUCACCGCAUGCGCCAAUACGGCUUAGCGUGAUCAGCGGCAGAAACCCAAAAUAUUUGGAUAACCUUCGAGGUCGACCUUCCUCCUCUCUCUUUCCUCCCCAUGUUGACAUCGUCCAUCUUCCCACAACCCCCACUUCGUUUCGUUCGUACACACUUCUCUCACGCUCAUCGCAUUGCGAUAACAACAAUUGUCAACGGCUUCUGCCACCCCAAAAAAUCUACACUUCUCGCUGUCGCAUCGCGACCUCUACACCUUACACCAUGGCGCGUACCACGCGAUCCAACCCAUCCCCCAGUGGAUUCCGAGUUCUCCAAACCGAACGCGCUACUCGUAGCAAAAAAGAAACCAAGACAGUCGUAUCUGCCGCACAAUCAACAGAUGCUCCUGUCAACCCAACCAUCGCGCCUGCCGCAUCUCAAGAUGAGGCCGAGUCUGAUGCCGCUCCUGCCAACCCCCGACCCUCUUCCCCUCUUAGGAGAAUGACCAGAGCAAUGUCUCGUGAGGUCUCUCGAUCCAAUUCUCGAUCCGUGUCACCUCCUGUCGUCUCUACUGUUGUCGGUGGUGCAAAGAAGCUCCUCAGCAAGGUCGGCAACAAAUUCACCAAGUCCACCAAGAGUGGCAGCAAAACUACGAAGCAGCCAGCUGCAAAUACCCAAAAUACAACCAACACACAAUCAAUUGGCACACUCACUCGCGACAAGCGUUCACAUAGCAAAGUGUCAGUUGCGUCAUAUACUUCCGACGACGAUGCGUACCGAAUGCAACAAGACGCCACAGAAACGUGCUGGAUAGGCAUACGGAUGUCGCCUCCUUCCAAGAAGAGAAAGAAUGUUGCGGAAGAGCAAGAAAACAAAUCUGCCCCGCUAGAGACCGUAUUUAAUACGCGUAUUCCCAAAGUCACACGCAAUACCUUCGGUGACAACCCAUCUCACGCCCCUAUCUCCGUCGCAGCCACUGCUGCACCUAAUACCGACAUCCCACACGAAAUUGAAACCUCCUCCUUUGCCGACAUUGGUGUAGCUGAUCAGUCCACACCUCGUCAUAUUGAACAAGUCACUUCGAUCCCUACGGUUGAAGCUGAAGCUUCAUCACCAUCUGUCUUUAGACAAAAUGGCAAGCAAGCCCCAACCACCACACGCAAACUCCAAAAACAAAAAGCACAACGUGCAUCAAACACACGUAACACCCGUACCGCUCUCAAUACUACAACUCCGGCUACACCUCGCUUUAUCUCUUAUCCCUCUGACGAAGAGUCAAUCGACAUCGAUGACAUCUCAGAACCCAUGAACGAUGCACAAGGAAGACUUGACCGUCAAGCUUUCAAGACGAUGAUCGCAGACCACAUGAAGCGUUCACUCACCCCGGCUCCAUUGCCAAAUGAGCGAAGCAAAUUAGCCCUGCUCGUAAGUGACCCUGACUUUCUUGUUCGAGACCGUCAACUAAUUUGCCUAGAAAAAUCGUAUGCAACAUGAUCCUGCUCUGUUGCUUCUUUCCCAAACCCUCGAUGGAAUUAACGGGGACGAAUUUCUAGAAUCGUGCAUAACCCUUGCGAGAUGGACGAGAGAAAACUCCGAUGUUCAGCUACCAGGGCCUGAGAAGUUUCGGGCAAUGCUCCAGGCCUACAAGGCUGAGUUGUCUGAUCCCGAGGCCGAGGCUGAGACUGAGGCUGAGACUCCCAGCUCCUACCCAAACCAUACACCAAAAGAUGUCACCCAAGACACUUCACCACACCAUCGCGACGAGCCUGCUCCUAGCAUGGUAUACACCUCACCUCGAGAUAUGGUGGUCGCAACUCCAUCGCGCCACUCAUACCCUGCUGAAGUAUUGACAUCCACUCCAGACACAGUCAUGGAAUAUCAAACAAGUGAAGUAGCCAGCGAGUCUUUUCUCCCAGCUGCACCCGCUGAGGCCACCCCCCAAAACGUUGCUGUUAAUACAUCCCGAUUUCCGAUGGCAGCCGCUUUUACCGCUUUUUCCGCUGUCAAGUCUGUCAUCGCUUCCCCCGUCAAGUGGUUCGGUGGUAGAAGCCAGAAUGCGGUAGCAGCUACUGACACACAAUUCACAUUUGCUUCCCGACACCCCUUACCUACCCGAGAUACAGAUGACACUCCGACAAGAGCUCCGGCUGCGCGCCAACUAAAGAAGCAACAUGCUCAGCGAUCCCCAUCAAAAUCCGCAGCACGAAGAGUUCUUUCCGAGCAAAAUUCAAGAAGCAAGGAACAAGCCGCACGUCGAUCAGAGGCACGAUCAACUCACCAGGCAAACGUUGAGAGAGCGGAGGAGGCGUCAAACUCCAACAGCACCCUCGCCCAAGACGGUUUGACUGUCGGUGAAAAGCGCAAGAGAGCCGCAGAUACACCCAAGUACCAUAUGCCGGGAACUUUCACCACGCCACUCUCUGAAGCAGAAUUAUCAUUGUCGUUGUUUCCUGCUGAUGAGGUGUUCCCCUGCUAUCACCACGUUGGCAAGACCCACCACGUUCCCAAGGAGUGGCUUCAGUUGAACAACCCCUCCGACCCUCUCCCUAACCCUCUUCCGGUAAACACUUACAUUCCAACCGAAGAGGAGGAGGCCGCCAUGAGCAACUUGUUCAGACUUUGGGACCUCUGCAAGUUGAAUGUUACCAAAUCCCCGCACAGUGAGUGUGCUGUCGCAUUGCGACAUCACUGGUGGGCCCAAAUUUCGAUUCUGCAGCACGGAAUGACACCGCGUGAACGAUUCUGGGAUGACAAGUUCCGACGAGGCGCUCCUUCUCAACAGUAUCUCAUGCUUCACGAUGUCUACCGUCGCCACCCUCCUCCAGUAACCUACCUUGACAACGACAAAUUCGGUUACUUCUGUAACGCGGAAGGUUACUACGAGAAGAUGCGGAAGUACGAAUUCUGGCCAGAACUGAUCAAGAAGGUGCAAGUCCUGUCGGUUCCCGACAACGAAUCCAGUGAUUAUGAGGACGAUGAAUCACUGGAGGGGCCUCCUGUCGUCGCAGUGGUGGAGCCUGCGCAGGAGGUUGUCGGGAACCAGCGACAACCACCACCAACACCCAAGCAGACCAGAGGGGUUCGCUUGCCUUACCAGGCAAAGACCCCAUCAAAUCUGCGACAGGUGGAGGCGGUGUCGUUGUCGCCACAAUCCGAGGACGAUGUGAUUGGUUCGGAGAAUGCUGAACAAUACCAAUCACUAGUCUUCGGAUUCCAGGAGGCUACAGAGGUGGCUGUAGCCGGAGCACCCAAGGAUCCAAUGGAGGAGUGGAUCGAGGGUGCUGAUGAGUGUUUGGGGAGGGAGGGGAUGACGGCAUUUCCAGAUGCCAUAUAUUAG